AUGGAGGCGUCGCUCGACUCGAAGACAAACGUCUCGGAGGGCCUCGCCAUCGCUUCAGCGGCCUCUUCGCUGGAGUUCACGUCGGAGUCUGACGACCUCGCCUCGCCUCUAGAGGUCCCUCUCGCGUGUAUCCUCGCCUCUGCGCCGCGCUGUGCGGCAAAUGCGUCUCUUUUCGAAAAGAACUCGGUACGCGGCAGGCCCGGGUUCAGCCGAGACGCGCCGGAAUCGUCCCUCCAGAGUGCGCGCUGUCCAGACUCUGCAGGCAGCACCGUCCACAGAGACUUGGCAUCCGGAUGCCGUCUUCGGAGGGGCAUGAGCGCAUGCGCUACCGACGCCUGCGAUGCUGCGUUUUUGUCUAGCAACCUGCCUUGCAAGGAGAGGCCACGCGAAGACUGCGAAAUCAAUCGCGAGAGACUGCGGGAAACUCUCGGCUGUCAAGCGGGUUUCUUUGGAGCCUGUGGAGACGCCCUGUCUCCGCUUUGCGUGCUCCUACGUGAAGGCCAGGCAUGCCGAGGGCGCAGGGAAGGAUGCGGCGCAGCGACUUUCUCGUCAUGCGGGAGGGACGAGGCGGAAAUGCAACGAGCAGGAAAGCUGCUGGACGGUGGCUGUUCAAAAUCUGAACCAGAGAAUCACACAUCGUCUCCAGAAGCAGACGCAUGUCAGACCGCGAUGCCUCACUUGUCCUUCUCCCUCUGCGGCCCUUCUCUCAUCUCGGCGUCGCACGUCGCUUCCUCAUUGGGUCCACACAGUUGCAAGGACCCGCAGGAGGCGAGCUGCUUAUUCGAAGGCCAGUUCCCGCCGAAGGCGGCGGUCUGUUUCUCUUCAGACAGAACGAGGCCGGAGUUCCUAGCAUCUCGCGCUGAAGGAGGCAGCCAGGCGCCGCGUUCCCAGGUAGCCGGUGGCUGCAGCCUCGCAUGUCAUGUCUGGAGCAAUUCAGGCGUGGAAGCGCGUUCCGCUCCUUCUCCGUGCAAUCCAGCGCAGACGCUCUUGGCCUCGCAGGCGGCAGCCACCGAAAGCAGUUUGCAGUCAGCGUCCGCGUCGAACGGCCUCGACGGAGAACGAGUUCAGCUCCUCGCGCCUCAGUGCAUGGGCGGCAAGGAGGGAACUUUUCCUGAGGUGGUGCGGGGACACGCAACUGAAUGCGAUUCGCCGACCUCAGGAGUUGCUUCACGCCCUAGGGCCUCGGAGGAGAGCAGCGAGCCAGAUGGCACGUGCUUCGGCGUGUGCUGCGAGAGGAAGAAAGGGGCAGAGUGUGAGGUCUCCGCGGACAGGGAGAGGCGUCUCGCCUCCGCCGCAGAGCCUGAGCCAGCGGACUGGGACAGCGAAGAGGAGGAGGAGCUCGAGAGAGAACGCCAGAUCGCGGCGAACUACAAGCCGUUGUUUAUUCCCGUUGACGAGGAGCUCGGGAAGAAGCUCAACUGCUCCUUCGUGCGCGGCGACCUGCGGAUUUACCCCAAGAAAGUCACGCAGUUCGGCGAAGUCCACUACUCGCCGCGGUACGAAGACGAGCGCUACGUCUACCGACACGUCCUCCUCUCUAGCGGUGUGCGAAAAGCCGCCGAAGAAAUGACUCGCCUCCACUCCAAAACCGGUUUCCUGAGCGAAGAGCAGUUCAUUUACCAACUGGGUAUAGAUCUCUCUCCUGGAUGGCAGCACUUCAUGCGAUUCAAAGGGCGGCUGCGAGAGCUGAUUCUUCGCCGGCCUCCGACGACCGAAGACGAGAAGCGGGACGGAGCUCCAGGCCCCGAGGACGAGAUCUCGGUGGACUCGGACGACUCAGACUACGAGGAAGCAUAUGCAUGCGCAGAGCCAGAGAGGAGCUCCCCUUCUGAACCCGCGGAGGCCCUUUCAGCGAAGAGAGAUCCCGCCGUGUCUUUGGACUCUGAUCAAGCCAAAGUGGGGCAAGAGUCCCCAAGCCCCGACCUCACCCAGGCGCCCUCUCGCGCCCGCUGCAAUCCCGCCGGAGAGGGGCGAGGGAGAAUGGCCUGUGCCGAUGGAGAAGGAGAGGAGCGGGAAAGCGAACAGGCGAGGGGCAGCAGCGUGCAGCAGCCGCGAGAGGUGGCGUCUAAGCCCCGAAACCCCCCUGGUCUCCUGCACGACUCCAGUCUUGAGCGCAGUCUGCAGUCGGCGCGCUGUGUUGUAUCUCGCGCAAACCGCGCUGAAGCCAGCCACGCUGGUGAAGCCGCUGUCGAUUGUCUAUUGAACUCUCAAGCUCUCGAAGCCCCUGCGCCAGAGGCUUCGCGGAGUUGUUCGUCGCUGCCGGUAGCCGCAGGCCGACUUGCAGAAGAGGGAGGCGGUCGACGCGCAGGCAAAGAGGAGGAGCGCCCAGCACUUUUUUCUCACAGUUCACAAGUCCGUAGACCCUCCGAGGCUCGCGCAGCUGGUCGCGCUCGCCCCGCGCGGAAAGCGGAGGUCUCUGUACAGCAGCAACGUCUGGGUCCCGCCAGCCACCGCAGAGCGGAGAGCCAGGGCCUGCGAGACGCUCGAGAAAGCCUUGAAGGCUCCACCGCAGAAGACAGCGAAAGCUCGUCCUCUCACCGUUGUAAUCGAGUGGCGACGACGCGCACUCGCGCGCUGCGGCCGCGGCAUAGCCGGAGUGAAGCUUCCGUGAAUCCACAGAGCGCGGCAGGCGCAGAGAAAGGCCUCGCCGCAGCGGGGGGUUCUUCUGCAAGCACGCGAGGGCGCGCGGGAUGCGGGAAAAAGCGCGUGGCGGGAGCUCCCGCGGGGUUUGAGGCCCACGCGAAGCGACGCCUACAGAGUGGGGACCGCGUCGCGGGGGGGCUGCCGGCGCUGUGA